AUGUUUUUUACGAAGGGAACGGGAAGUUUCGGAAAGAGGAGAAACAAGAGUCACACUCUCUGCGUCAGAUGUGGCCGCCGCAGUUUCCACAUCCAGAAGAGUCGUUGCUCCGCCUGUGCUUACCCCGCCGCUCGCAAGAGGACGUACAACUGGAGUGUGAAGGCCAUCCGUAGAAAGACCACUGGAACUGGAAGGAUGAGAUACCUUCGUAAUGUCCCGCGCAGGUUCAAGACCGGAUUCAGAGAAGGUACUGUACCGAAGCCAAGCCAAGGAACAAGGCAGCGGCUUCAUCAUCUUAAACCGUUUAGAGAAAUCUAUGUGAUUAUGUCUCCUGUAAAUGAAGAAGAAGCAUUGAAUUGA